UGUGGAGAGUAAGGAAUGCACGCAUGUCUCUGUGGAUCUCUGAGGACUCUUUAUUCAGAAAUUUUGCUCGUGUUCUACUGUUGUUCCUUGGUGUCAUUUUCUGGGCAAGUGCAACAGUUCUGACCUUUGGUGGAUGCUUUGUGAUCCUGUUGUGCAAGAACUAUCAUCAUUUUUUUCAUGAGUCUUUCUUUCCUCUCCCUGGCUGGCUGGCUGUUGUAGCUGCGUUAGUCCUGCUACCUACUGGUAUUUUGGCUAUUUCUGUUUCUGUAAGGAACUCCCGUUAUCACCAAGGGACUCUAAUGCACCUGCUGCUAGUUCUUCUUUGUCUCCAGGUGUCUUUAGCGGUUUUGACACAGUUCUACUCUAUUUGGAUGGCAGUUGAGCUGAAGAACACAAUGGGACAAGCCUUCAAUCAAUACAAUGGCACAAAUUCCCUGGCUCGUGGAAGCGGGACUGUGGAUAUGCUCCAGAAAAAGCUCCAGUGCUGUGGGCUUCAAAACUAUACAGACUGGCUAAAGGCAUCAGCUGCUUCUUGGCAUUUUCCAUCCAAAAAAUCUCAUAUUCCUAGAAGCUGUUGUAAAAAAUAUGUUGACUGUGGGGGUGACUUAAACCAGCUGGAUCAGCUAUUCCAGGAGGGCUGCCUGAGGAAACUGCAAGACCAGUUGCAUUAUGGAAUGAAGUUUUUGUUUUCUUGCUGUGUUGUGCUCAGUGUCCUAGAGCUGUUGGCUGGAGCAAGCAAUGGCAUCCUCAUGAGCCAUCAGCCUUUCUAUGAUUUACGAUUUCUGGAAUCAUCUGUCUUCUCAUAGGUCAACAGGCAGUGGCAGCAUUGCUUUCCUUGAAUCUCUCUUGUGCUGUGGCUGCACUGAAAGAAACUUUUGUGAUGUAUAUUUGCAUAUAAAUCAAACCAGUUGGUCAUUGUUUUUUCUUAUUUAAUGUUGCAAUGCUAGAUCAGUCUUCACCCUCAGUUCCUGUUCAACAUUUGAAAAACUUCAUUGCUGGAAAUCCCAGCAGGAAGUGUGAGGGGAAUCUCAGUAUGUACUGAAACUGUCGCAAGUGGGUGAUUGUAAGGUAGAGGCAUCGUUUUCUUGGGAAUGUAAGAGAAUGUUGUAAAGUUGUGACCUGAACUUUGGAAUAAGUCAUACGGGGUGAGAUUUUUGAAGUGCAAUUAAAAAGCACAUUCUUCCACUUACAAAGGUGCAGCUAAUUCUUUGGUAUUUCUCAAAGCUCUAACACUAACUUUCAGAAAAAAUAAAUAGUGUUCCCUGAAGUGGCAUGAGGGUACAAACUAAAUAGAGAAGAUGGCCACAAAAUAAAUGUCUUCUGUUGUAUUUCUUCUUACUACCUUCAUAGCAGCUCAGGAACUGAGUUUACACAUGCUGAAAUUAAUGGAGAGAAAAAAGAAUGUUUGUGUUUAUUUUGUGUCAAAACUAGGAAUAAGUCAAUUCUACUCUGUAAGAAGUUAUGUGGAGGCCUUACAUAUGCUUGACUGAGAGGAGCAAUAGGUUGCUUUUUCAUUUAGGUAUAUGAGUCUGUCUUACCUUCUUACCUAAACC